AUGGCUCAGCCACACGAGACUUUCCAUCCAUCUUCGCCUCCCAGCGAGGGUGGAGCCGAGUCCUACAACCACGAGGGCACACCAGACACGCGUCUGACUGCCUUCUCCCCUCUGGAGGACUCGUCCAAGUCCUCCCGCCUCUUCAGUGCCCUCAGCUUGAGUGAUGGAAACGGAAACGACAGAGGUCAGUCCGUCGAGUUCCAGAGUCCCACUGGUCUUCACCAUGUCACCUCUCCCACCUCGUUUGGACCCGUCGCCCGGGACAAGGACCCCUUUGUCAGCUCUCCUCCCGAGAAGCGUCAAACGAAACUGUCAGCUACUGCCUCGACUUUCAGGCCUCUCUCCACUCCGGUCGUUUCCACCCCAGUCGUUGCCUACGGUUCCGCGGGUGUCACUCCCAAGCCUUUCGGACAAGCUGUCCCCGCGGCAUCUGUAUGCCCAAAGACUGGACUGCCGCUGGCACCGGGUCUGAGCCACAGCAUUGGCUUAACUCGUUCCCUGCGCGUCUCUUCGUUGGAUGGUGUGGCUUUGGAAGCAGUUGCGAAGUACCUCCAGACGAUCGAGGAGUGUGGUCCUUCCUUCCAGGGGCGUCCCAGUGCACUCUUCGAACACGGAUCAGAGGUCUACAUUCGCGCUACCAACAUCAGAGAUGCUUCGCGGAUCCUCGGUGAGACCGGCUUCAAGCCAGAGGGAUGGAAGAUCGAGUGUGUUGAAGCGGAAGAGCUCAACAAGUCAUACGGGCGUGAGCUGGCCAGCAAGCAUGAAUCCCAGUUUACUAUUACCAUUCUACCCUCUGUCGAUCUUACCGAGUCUCAAAUCGAGGCCAACAUCCUUGCCUACUUCAAAGAUCGCGGUAUUUACGCAUUGGAGCGCCAGCCAUCCAGCAUUACCGACACCCUUCAUUGGAUUGUCGAGUUCGACGACGCUGAUGCCGCCUGGGCAAGCGAGGUCGUGGACAAGGGAUGGAUCCUGGUCGCAGAUGCGUUCUACAUGAUGAUGUCGCCGUUCGGUCUGGGUGGCAUGACUCCACCAGGAGUGAACUGCUAUGCCCAAUUGCACUCGCCUGCUAUUUCCACUGUCGGAAGUUUCGAUGUCACGAAAGGCCUGGACAAUGUGUCAAUGGUGGGCUCGCCAUUUUCUAUGCACUCGAUGGCCGGAGCUGUGUUGCCCUCACCUCUGUCCUCCGGUACUCCGAUGCCCAUGACCCCCUGGCCAAUGUACCAGUGGGCCCACGCUUUGCAUUCACCGAGCACUUAUCCGGGCUACAUGUCCCCUGGUUAUACUGUCCCUUCUGCAUUCCAGAUGUCCCCAGUCUCUUCGCACCAGUCACCAGGUGUGGCGUCGCCAAACACGGCCAUGUUCGGUCGUCCGAUGCCGAUUGGUCUGCGACCCGAGGGACGUCGGAAUACUGCCAUGCGUAUCAACCGCACUCAGUUCAGUCCUCCAAGCCCUCACCAUAAUCACGUCGACAUCAACAGGAUCAAGGCAGGCACUGAUGUCCGCACCACGAUCAUGCUCCGCAAUAUCCCCAACAAGGUGGACCAGAAAAUGCUCAAGCGCAUCGUCGACGAGUCCAGCUGGGGCAAGUACGACUUUAUGUACCUGAGAAUUGACUUUGCCAACGACUGCAAUGUCGGCUACGCUUUCAUCAAUUUUGUCGAUCCUCUCGACAUCAUCGAUUUUGUCAACAAGCGGGCCAACAAGCGCUGGAACUGCUUCCGGAGCGACAAGAUUGCCGAGAUUUCGUAUGCCACAAUCCAGGGCAAAGACUGCCUUGUCCAGAAAUUUCGCAACAGCUCUGUGAUGCUGGAGGCACACCACUACCGGCCCAAGCUCUACUACACCACCAAUGGCCCAAUGCCAGAGCUAGCUGGUAUUGAAGAGGUCUUUCCAGUACCAGACAAUCAGUCCAAGAUGAAGCGAAGCUGUGAGAAUGCCGAGCAUGUUGGUCUCUUCACGCCCAAUGCUGGCCAACAGUUCCGUGACGAGCAGCGUCACCGUCGGUCUCAAUAUGAUCGAGGUACUCGACUCGCAGCACUUGAAGAAUGUGACACUUUCGACGUGUACCCUCAAGAUGUCAUCCACUAG